GGCUUUUGCCGAUUCUCCCUCGUGCCGUGCCGCGUUCAGCUAAUCCGCUUCGACAAUUCUCAACAAUCUUCGUCACAAAUAAACUGCAAGGGAAUUUAUGGCCAUUCCUCAAGAACUGAUGGAUGUGAUCAUUGACUUCAAUCACGACGACAAUCAGGCAUUGCGAGCAUGCGCACUUGCAUCUCGCGCCUUUGUUGCAUCCAGUCAAUUGCAUCUUUUCUCUCGAAUCAAGCUUAUUCUUUCGGAUUCUGCCGUCCGCGAGACUACACUUUGGAAGCUAUCCGGUCAUACAUUCCAGAGAUUCCACACCAUGAUCUUCGUAUCACCUCACAUUGCUCCUCUCGUAACUACGUUGGAGAUAUAUUUCGACAUCACCUACUGUCAACGCCCGACAGUCGAUACGUCGAUUUUCACUGCUGUCUUAACAUCCCUUACGUCCUUGAAACGAUAUGUGUUAUCAGCCGGCCUCGACUCCAUAGAUUUUAGAGGCUGCAGUGACGAGCCUCUUACUAGAGCGAUUUUCAAUGACGUUCCUGCCGCUGGCCUUGUAGAAUUAUGCCUUGACGGCGUAGAGUCCAUUCCCUACGCUGACAUUUUUUCAACGUCAGGGAAGUGGCCUUCGCUCAAAAGUCUUUCCAUGCUAUGGUCAAGCUUUCAGCAACAAGACGUUGUAUGGGAUCUUGCAUCGUUAGAGUCCUUGAAGGUCGGGGGCCUUAACUCUUUCCUCUACUUCGAAGACUGGUUGUCGAAGAAUAACUUCUGUUCAAAACUACGAUGGAAGAAAUUUGUAGCCGUCAUAACGAGCCCUGAUGACGUUCCUGUUGUCAGGACAGCGUUGAGUAUUCCGACACCUUACCUUGAAGAAGUGGUCAUUGAUCAUUCAUUUCCAAUGGAGUCCACUGAUCCCUCCAUUGACCUUCGCACAGUUGCAAACCUGAGAACAUAAUCAUAGAGAUUUGCCCGGAAAGCCGUGCAGUGGUUGAUUUGUUCACGGGAGGGACGUUAAGUCAUAUCGACGUUUUCAUUGAGGCACAGGAUUUGCCCCUACUAUCUCGUGUCGUGGUUGCGAUUCAUCUGUCGUCGACUCAUUGUUCUCCCGCCGGUUGUCACUGUAGUAAUCGGGAUGAAGACU